GAAAGUGCUGACAGUUUCAUGUUCGGCUCUUCUGCAAAAAGUCUCCGUCCAAACCUGCGGCAGAUGCCCAACAUGAGCGCACCCCUAUGUCACUGUGAUCCUCCAGAGAGCGCCGUGAAAAGAGUGGCCGGGAUGAAUUCCAAGCAUCAAGGCAGGGAGUAUUGGAGCUGUCCUUCCUGUGACUUCUUUCAGUGGAUUGACCAUGGUGGCACCACCUUAUCUGCUGCCGGGCCCUUGUGUCGUUGUGGGCAUCCCAGUGCUUUGAAGAUGACCCGAAAGGAUGGUCCAACCCGCGGGCGAGAGUUUUGGAGCUGUGCCAGCACCGGCAACUGCGGCUGCAACUUCUUUCAAUGGGAGUCGUCAGAUUGGGAGGGGUCCCAAGAACCGCUCACAGUGGAGAACAACUGCAAGAAAUGUCGACGAGCAGUCCAGGUGUUGGUUGUCGGGGAGAAUAACCAAAAUGGCAACGCAGGCCGAAAAUACUACAAAUGCAACGCGUGCAGCAACUUCGAGUUCCUCACGGCAGCCAAGCCACAAGCACCUCCCAGCGCCUGCACUCCCGGCAGCGCCGAGUAUGUGGUAGAUGAGAUGACUCGAAGGCAGUUGCAAAGGCUGUUCGACAUUCCCUAUGGCACAACAACCGGUGUUGGUCGCGAUCAGCAAGAAGUCUCUUCGCCCUACGACUACCUCAAAGUCGAAUGUGCGUGGCGUGUUCGGAACCCCCAACGAGAGAAGCGCUUCGAGGAGUUCUUGCGGAAGCUGCCCAAACUGGACAAGGAUGCGAUGGUGAAGUCCAAGCUGUUUGAGACUCAAGGGGCUCUUCUUUCGAAGCCCUUGAAUGCCUCUAAGAACGAGAUGUUGUUGCUCCACGGAACGAAGCCCAAUCAUUUGUACAACAUCUUGUUCGAAGGUUUAGACCCACACCUCUCUGAAGAUGGCAUCUUUGGCAAGGGUAGCUACUUGGCGGAGGAUGCUGCUAAAGUUGAUCAAUACUUGACCAAGGACCCUGAGUGGAAGGGACAUGCACCAGGGCAUGAGCUAUGCGCAUUGCACAAGAAACUCUAUGACAGGAACGUUAAGCAUGCCACCGAUGUUUACUAUGCCUUGGUAUGUCGCACUGCUCUUGGAGAGCUUGCUGUCACGAAAGAUGGCACUACUUGUGUGGAGUCGGGUAAGGCCAUUUUCGAAGACAGACGCCGCAAGACCUUGAAGCAAGGGAAGACGAGCAUCUUGGCAGAGCUUGGAAAGAAGAUCAGGCGCUUUCGUGAGUUUGUCGUUUUGGAUCCCGCGGCCUUAAGCAUUGAGUUCUUGGUGGCCUUGAAACGUGUUCGCCAUUACUGCGACUGCGGGCAAACUGCGGUGCAGAGAACCGUGACCAACGGCCUGCCAGAAAACUUUGGAAGAGACAUCCUAUUUUGUCCACUGGGUCGUGCCGAUGGGUGCGGCUUUAUUCAUAUGCUGCCCCAGUGUUAUUGUGGACGAGCAGCAGAAGUUGCGGACAAGAGGAAUGGAGAGAAAUACUUUCGAUGCGGCAAGAGGCUCAUUUUCCAGCCGCCAGACAUCAGUCUUGUUCCCAAUUGAGCCAUUUGAGCGGGCUUCUCAGCUUCUCUAUGUAUUCUGACAGCCUCGAGCAUUGAGUCCAACCCUGGAUGUUGGCGGAACCACAACGCUGCGAGGACUGGAACUUCCCUGGGCAAAGCAAGCGAUCUCGCAGGGGCUGAAGCUGAUCGUACAGACGGAGAUGGCUGCGCAGAAGCUGAUCGGUCUGGCAAGACAUGUAACGUACAGCUGAUGGAGUAGCUGAUGGUUAUGGGUCAAAUGGGAAACCUCGAAAUGAUGUG